AUGAUUUGGGAAAAAAGAAACUACGGUAUACAAGUAGACGCCAUAAACUGGAAGAAUUAUGACUUUGAGCACGCGAAAUCAGCGGAUCUCUUGGUAUCCGUUGGUGGUGAUGGGACCUUUCUAAGCACUGCUCUCCGAAUUACCGAGAAGGACAAGCCUAUCAUCGGAAUAAACAGCAAUCCCCAAUCCUCAGAAGGCAGUCUCUGCUUGCCUCGAUAUUGGUACAAGAAAAUUCCGGUAAUUGUGGAUAGACUAGUGAACGGACAGUUCAAUCGGCGUUUUCGCCAUCGGAUCCGGCUUCUCGUGUCAACGUCACCGACUCAGCUGGUUUCUCUAGAUACAAUUACUCCGCGCAUUGUUGAGUCGCAUGCAUUGCAUUCGUAUCUCUCUGACGAAGAUAGUGUAGGGGAACCGGCAGUCCCUAACCUUUCCCCUGACUACCUUCUUCCUGUGCGGGCGUUAAACGACGUCUUUAUUAGUGCUUGUUUGAGCGCCAGGGUCUCCCGUUAUGAAAUAUCAGUGGAUGAAGAAAUGGCAGUACCUCAGAAGUCAAGCGGUCUACUGGUGUGCACAGGUACUGGCUCCUCCUCAUGGUACCGAAGCCUUCACCAGGUGGAUGUUCACCUUGUUUCACGUCUCCUUUAUCUUGCAUCUGCCUCUCAUUCUGAUAACGCUGCAGCAGCUGAAGUUGCUGAACGUUUCAAUCGUGAUCUGGUCUUCCCCUCCGAUUCUACCCUUAUGGCUUACUCAGUUCGCGAUCUAAUCACUAAUCAUGUCUUUAAAUUUGGUUCUCCUCGUGGUUUUGCAAAAAAAUUGCGAGUGGUCUCACGCAUGGAUGAUGCGUAUCUCUUCGUUGACGGAUGGCUGGCACUACCUUUCGAUAACGGUGCAUCCGUUGAACUCUCCAUCCACUCUGACGAUGCGCUUUGCGUGAUCGACUUUGACGACAGCACCAUCGGCUGA